AGGAGUAUAUACUGUAUAAUGUAAUGUACACUCUUACAAGUUAAUCAUAUUUCAACAAUUUUUUGUAGAUACGUUUAGAUCUGAGAAUAAUACCUUGUUAUGUCAGAUUCUGGCCCUGGAGUAUUAAGACGAAAUCGUCCUGGUACAUGUGCACAGGAAAUGUAUAUUUGGCCAGAUGAGGCAUUUGAGGAAAUGGAUAGUACUCUAGCUGUCCAACAGUAUAUACAGCAAUUGAUUCGACAAGAUAACACAAAAAUUGAAGAAAUACUGGAACCUCCAGAAGGCCAAGAUGAGGGUGUGUGGAAAUAUGAACAUCUCAGGCAAUUCUGUUUGGAAUUCAAUGGGCUAGCUGUGAAAUUGCAGCAAGAGUGUAAACCAGACACGUGCACACAAAUGACUGCUACUGAGCAAUGGAUAUUCUUAUGUGCUGCUCACAAAACUCCAAAAGAGUGUCCAGCUGUUGAUUACACGAGACAUACUUUGGAUGGUGCAGCUUCAUUGUUGAAUAGUAACAAAUAUUUCUCAAGCAGAGUCAGCAUUAAAGAUUCCUCUGUUUCAAAGUUAGGAUCGGUUUGUAGGCGGGUCUAUCGCGUGUUUUCACAUGCGUAUUUCCAUCAUCCAGCACUCUUUCGUGAUUUUGAGAACGAAACGCAUUUGUGUAAACGAUUUACUCGGUUCGUAACCAAGUAUGAUUUAAUGUCACGCGACAACUUGAUAGUUCCGAUAUUUGAAGAAGAUGGCGAGGAAGAUCCAUAUGUUAUAUCUACGAAUGAAGAAUUUAGCGAGGAAUCGUAUUCCUAAUAGAUUGAAGAACCAUUUUUUCAAACUCGAUUUCCAUUUUAGUUGCAAUACACACUUGUAUGAGGAACGCUUUUAGCUAAGCUAUAUUAGAAUAAUUGACAUUUUUGGCUACUGUUUUAAAGUUAUCAAUUUAAAAUGUCGUAUUUUGGAAUAAAUUUAAACGGAUUUGCCCUUUACAUCAAUAAUUCUAUGUGGAAAUAAAGUCUUCGUAUAUCUA